CGUCGUUUUAAAUACAUCUUCUAAUCUAUUGGCCAGCAGAUUCACGAGCGAGGGCUUCACCCUUAGCUUGUGCUUCUUAAAGAUGAUUCAACGAGGUGAUCAUACUUUCCAGUAAGGAUUUCCUUGAAUGAGCGAAUGGUGUCUGCGAGUGAGACAAGCUUUCCUUCGAAACCAGUGAAAACUUGUGCGACAGCGAAUGGUUGUGACAUGAAACGUUGGAUCUUACGUGCACGUUCGACGGUCAACUUGUCUUCUUCAGAAAGUUCAUCCAUACCGAGAAUGGCAAUGAUAUCUUGAAGGGACUUGUAGUCUUGAAGGAUACGUUGGACUUGGGUUGCAACGUUGUAGUGUUCUUCACCAAUGAUACGUGGGUCAAGCAUACGUGACUUUGAGUCGAGUGGGUCGACAGCUGGGUAAAUACCUAAUUCGGCAAUACCACGUGACAAGACAGUGGUGGCAUCCAAGUGCGCGAAAGUGGUAGCUGGAGCUGGAUCAGUCAAGUCAUCAGCUGGGACGUAAACGGCUUGGACAGAGGUGAUAGAACCCUUCUUGGUGGUAGUGAUACGUUCUUGCAUAGCACCCAUAUCAGUUGAGAGGGUUGGUUGGUAACCGACGGCAGAUGGGAUACGACCGAGAAGGGCAGAGACCUCAGAACCUGCUUGAGUGAAACGGAAAAUGUUGUCAAUGAAGAGCAAGACAUCUUGACCUUCGUCAUCACGGAAGUAUUCAGCGAUGGUGAGACCAGUGAGGGCAACACGGGCACGAGCACCAGGUGGUUCGUUCAUUUGACCGAAAACGAGAGCGACCUUUGAGUCACCUUCGAGGUUAAUAACACCAGUUUCAAUCAUUUCGUGGUAAAGAUCGUUACCUUCACGGGUACGUUCACCGACACCACAGAAGACUGUAGUAACCACCGUGAGCCUUAGCAACGUUGUUGAUAAGUUCUUGAAUCAAGACAGUUUUACCGACACCGGCACCACCGAAAAGACCGAUCUUACCACCACGAGCGUAUGGGGCGAGCAAGUCGACGACCUUGAUACCGGUCUCGAGGACUUCGGCAGCGGUGGAUUGUUCAGUGAAUGCAGGUGGUUCAGCGUGGAUUGGUGAUCUCUUGACACCCUCGACUGGACCUCUCUCAUCGAUUGGAUCACCGGUGACGUUGAUGAUACGACCGAGGGUCUUUGGACCGACUGGGAUGGAGAUUGGAGCGCCGGUGUCGACGACCUUUGUGCCUCUGACGAGACCGUCGGUACCCUCCAUAGAAAUUGCACGGACGGUGUUUUCACCAAGGUGUUGUGCAACCUCGAGGACGACCUUUGGACCGUUGUGUUGAACUUCCAAGGCGUUGAAGAUCGCUGGGAGGUCUUCGGUGUCGAAUUGAACGUCAACGACGGCACCAAUGACUUGCUUGAUGUUACCGACUUGGGCGGUUUCGGUAGCGUAUCCACGGGUAGCCUUUAAUUGGACUUUUGAGAUCGUUGGCUUAGCCAUAGCUGGGGCGAAUCUCGCGGUGGAGAACGCAGCUGCGUUGGCUCUGCGAACGCUGGCAGCCGCAGUGGACCUAGCGACUCUGGAGAGUAUGUUGCGGCUCAACAUUAUUUUUUUACUUAGUUUGGAGGCAAGAGGUGCUUUCGAAUACGCUAUUGAGUGAGCGUCCAAAAAAAAAUUAAUUUCAAAUCCGAAGGGCGAAAAUAUAAAAAUGGCUUCAAAGAAUAUAAAAUGCGUUGUUGUCGGCGACGGUGCGGUCGGGAAGACCUGCCUACUGAUUAGCUACACCACGAAUCAAUUCCCAAGCGACUAUGUCCCGACCGUCUUCGACAACUACCAGGCGACCGUCCUCCUCGACGGAAAGCCGGUCUUAUUGGGACUCUGGGAUACCGCCGGUCAGGAAGACUACGACAGGUUGAGACCGCUUUCAUACCCCCAGACUGACAUCUUCCUCUGCUGUUUCUCCAUCCACUCGCCGGCAUCGUUCGAAAACGUUAAAUAUAAAUGGUGGCCAGAAAUCUCGCAUCACGCCCCGGGCGUUCCAAUCAUCCUCGUAGGCACAAAGCUCGAUCUUAGAUCUGAUCCUCAGGCUGUAAACGCCUUGAGAGCCCGUAGGAUGGAACCGAUCAACUACUCCCAGGGUGUCGAACUCUCGAAGGACAUUAACGCUAUCAAGUACCUCGAAUGUUCGGCCCUCACCCAGAAGGGUCUCAAGGGUGUAUUCGACGAAGCAAUCAGAGCUGUCUUGGUUCCACAGGGACGUAAAUCAAAGCGGAAGCAAAAGGGCUGUGUGUUGGUUUAAAACACAUUCCUUUAGCCAUUAUACCUACAUUCUCACGAUUUGGUUGCACAAAAAUCUCAAUAUUUGUAAAAUACACACAUAUGCAAGGAAUGAUGAUAUUUUAGACUCUUUACUUUUUGCGUUUCUUCGGUGCGUCAUCCACCGCUUGCGGCCCUGGGAUCCUUCCCUCGGCUUGUUCGCUCAGGAGGAAGGCCUCACAUUCAGCUUCUCCUCCGGU